UCAAAUAAAUGAAACAUUGUUUUGUUUUCAAGAUAAAGAAAAAAAAUUAUGAGUUCUUCAUCAAGGUCGUUAUCAUCCAGGGAUUCUAUAGAUUCCAGGGACGUCGGAACUGUAGGUUUUCACUCCCAGGACAGUUCAAGAAACUCCAUAGCUAGUACAGCUUCAACCCAAUCUAGUGCCCCUCAUAAUCUUAUUCAUCCGAGGGGUAGAAGUAAACUAGGACUUGGCUGGAUACAUUUUAAGAUUUGGAAGGAAGACCAACACUUCUUCGUGUGUGUAAAGGGUUGUGAGGAACUGCCAUCCAAGGAUUUCAUCAGAGGGAGCUGUGAUCCAUACGUAACAGUGAAGGUUGAAGAGGAAUCUUGUAAGCCAUUGCGAACCAAAGCUAAGACGAAGAAACUGAAUCCAGAUUUCAACGAAACCUUUCAGUUCGACAUUGGUGAAAAAGAUAGAAUCACGUUGGCUCUCCAGGUCAUGGAUAAGGAUCUCUUCUUUGAUGAUUUUAUUGGCGAGAUCAGGGUAAUUAUUGAAACAAAUCAGCUGUUUCACAAAAUACCACGUGACUCAAAUCAGCAGAUUGCUGAGUUACCAAGGGGCUCAAAUAAGCUGUUCGUUGAUGACAUCUGGACUGAGCUAAACCCAAAGGAUGCCCAGCCUGUGUAUCUUAAUGAUAUCAAACAGUAUUCAAGGAAAUAAACAUAUGUGAACAUAUGUGUUUCUUUGAUGUUCAUUAAGUAAUUACGUAAAACUUUAAAUAUAAUCUUAUUAUUGCUUUUAA